AUGAGUGACCCAAGAAUCCCCAAGUUGCACCACCGGUCCACGCCGCAUUGGCAGCAAGAACAGCGUAAUUCCUUCUGGCAGCUGAACGAGAACAAGAAUGCACCUUUCAACACCAGGCCGGACAAGCUGGAAGCCCGGGCCGAAGAGUCGCUGUCCAUCAACGGGCGGCUGUACGCACAAUCCAACGCUGGACAAGGCUGGACUCACCUGGCCAACCGGCAAGCCUUCUACCGCCACCGGCUGAUCCCCCAACAACUCGUUGACGUCAACGAACGAGACACGACGACGACACUGUUCGGGCACAAGGUCUCGGCGCCCAUUGGCUUUGCUCCCAUCGGCAUCAACAAGAUCUAUCACCCGAGAGGCGAACUCGCCGUGGCCAAAGUCGCUGGGGAGCUGCGGCUGCCGUACGGCCUGAGCACAGCGGGUUCCAGCACGAUCGAAGACGUCGCCGCGGCCAAUGACCAAGGGAGACGGUUCGAGGACGCCGUCCAGGUCGAGGGAGCAGCCAACGACGAGCCUGUCCGCUUCUUCCAGCUGUAUCUGCCUCACGACGACGAAUUGGCCGUGUCCCUUCUGAAGAGAGCGGCGGCGGCCGGCUUCACAGCUUGCAUCCUCACGACGGAUACCUGGCAACUUGGAUGGCGCCACGACGACAUCGCAACGUCCAACUAUGCCUUCUACCGCGGCAUUGGCGCCGAUUUGGGUCUCUCGGACCCCGUGUUCCAGCAGCGGCUGCGAGAGGCCCGGAUCGACCCCAAUACCCAGCCUGAACAAGCCGGUGCCAUGUGGAUCGACAACGUCUGGCACGGCCGAGCGUUCAGCUGGGAAAAGAUCCCUUGGCUGAUCAAGACGUGGAAAGACCUGAGCGGUGGCAAGCCCUUCUGCAUCAAAGGCAUCCAAUCGACCGCAGACGCCCAGCACUGCGUCGACCUAGGCUGCGAUGGCAUCGUGGUCUCCAAUCACGCAGGCCGUCAGGUCGACGGGGCAAUUGCCAGCCUCGACGCCCUGGAAAACAUCAUCAACGCCGGAAUCGGCGAGAACAUCACCGUCAUGUACGACUCGGGCAUCCGUGGGGCCUCGGAUGUGUUCAAGGCUCUGUGUUUGGGCGCCAAGUUCGUCUGGGUAGGUAGGAUGUGGAUAUAUGGACUGAGCAUUAUGGGCGAAGAAGGCGUUCGGCAUGUCAUGAAGAGCUUGCUCGCCGAAUUCGACAUUUCCAUGCUCACUGCUGGCUUCAAAAACAUAGGCGAGAUGAAGAAAGAGAGGUUGGAAAGCUAUCCCAGGAACUACAGCCUGAUUGCAGACAAGGCCAAAAUUUAA